GAGCAGUCGCAUCGCUAGUUGAGCCGCGGUGAACCAGAGGAGGAUGUGAAAUCAGCUAAAUAACGGUUCUCCGGUUUUUUUAAAAGUAGAAAACGACAUUUGAAGUGAGAUAAAGAGUCAGACGGUGCCGACGACAUGAUUCUAGCGGUGUUCAUGUCGUUGUUCUUCGUCGUUUCUCCGGUGGGAGCAGCUAAGAAUGGAGGGGACGAUGACUGGGUUCAUCUUCCCAAUAAAUGUGAAGUCUGUAAGUUCGUCAGUAUUGAGAUGAAGUCGGCGUUUGACGAGACGGGGAAGACCAAAGAGGUCAUCGACAGGAACUACCGCUUCAUCGACAGCAAGGGGGCGCCACCAAUCAAAUACGUCAAAUCAGACCUGAGAUUCAUCGAGGUUGUUGAGAAUGUGUGUCAGAGGCUGCUGGAGUACAACCUGCACAAGGAAAGAACCGGCAGCAACCGCUUUGCCAAGGGCAUGUCAGAGACCUUCUCCACCCUGCAUGGGUUGGUGAAUAAAGGAGUGAACGUGGUGAUGGAUAUUCCCUACGAGCUGUGGAACGAGACUUCAGCAGAGGUGGCCGACCUCAAGAAACAGUGUGAUGUGUUAGUGGAGAAGUAUGAGGAUGUGAUUGAGGACUGGUACAAAGGCAGCCAAGAGGAAGACCUGACCACUUACCUGUGUGAGAAACACGUUCUCAAAGGGCAGGACAAAGCCUGUCUGGAUGAGGACUGGUCCCCAAAGAGGAAGGGAGAACAGGCGGCCAUCGCAGAGGACAAGAAGAAGAAGAAAAAGAAGAAGGGAGGAAAGAAGGGGAAGGAAGCAGGAAAUGGAGGUGACGGCAGCUCAGAGGGAGAAAAGGCAGCCAAGAAGAAGAAGGAGAAGAAAGUGAAGAAGAAGAAAAAGAGCAAAGCUCCAGUGGAGAAGACGGAUGGAGGGCUGACGUCUGACGAUGAGAUCCAGCCGCAGGUGCCUCUGUCUGGGCAGAAGACAGAGCUGUGAGUCCUGGUCUCAGUCUGGACCUGGACCAGCUGUUGUAAACAAAAACCAAACUCUUAGUAAAAGCAGUCUGCAGCUUCUGGAAACAUCUUCAGCUGUUGUUGAGAUGAGGUGUUGCACUGUUACACGCGGUUUUAAAGUCUGUAUUUCAGUUUCGGGCGGUCCCCAGUACAUGGCAGUUCCUUGGUAUGUGAGAGAUCCGCCAUGGCCUCAAGAAUUUUAACCAGUUAUCCAAAACAUGAAGUCUCUAUUAUUUAAUUCUUACCUCCAUUUUAGUUGUGUAAAGGCCAAUGGCUCAUGGAAUUCAUAAUCAACCCAAAGGAACUUGCAGUCACUCUUGAUAACUUUACUUUGCUGAAGGGAUCAUUCUGGUUUAUUCCACCUUGGUUGUUAUUUUUGCUGUUUUUGGCCGUUGUCUCUAUCCAUUAUGACGACAUUCUACUCUCCAAUGUAACUGCUGCAAUAUGGGAACAUGGUGACGUGGAUAAAAUGGAAACAUGGGCAGUGAGAUAAUCAGGGUGUAGACAGACAUACAGUUUAUAUUGAAAUCAUUCUGCUGCUUAACUUAGAAAAUAGACAAAAACAUCUGCAGGAUUAAUUAAUUAGUCGAUCAACAGCAAUCACUAAUUUAGAUCUUUUAAGUCAUUUAUCAAGCAGCCUCUCAGAUGUAAGAAUUUACUACUUUUCUCUGUUUUUAUGUGGAGAAAAGUCAUUUGAAGACAUCACAUCGUGCUAUGCGAAGUUGCAUUUUCUCUAUUUGUUUUGUAGAUUAAAAUAUUAAUAAAUUCAUUUAGAAAAUCAUUAAUUGCUGUCACCAACACUGGAGGACUCAAGUUCCAUCCUGUGUUAGACAAUAACUGCCUUUUGGUAUUUGCAGAUCUCCGAUCAUUAGGGAGAACUUGACGCCUCUGUCUUUCUUUCUUUCUUUGUCUUGUAAUGAAUAAUGUGAAUUUUUAUGUGUGUGUUCAUUCCAUCGUUGCUGUCUUUAAAAUCCUCAUACUUACGGUAAUUUUCAUUCUGACUGAAAACUGAAUUGUUUUUUUUUAUAAUCUGUUGUGAUUGUCAUUUUUAUGACCUUUGGAAAUGCUCGGGUUGUGUCGCCUGUGAAGGUUAACAUUUCAGUUCACUGGUAAUCAGAACUCUUGUACCAUAAUGAUAAAGUGAUAUAGAUUUACUUUUCCUUGUAAUAUUUUGAAUAUUUCUCAGUGUUUUAUAUCAGUAGAGGAAACUGACUGCAGAAUUCAUCCCUUUUAAUUAUCCCAUGUGAUGCAAAAAAUAUUAUUACAUUCUGUUGUUUUGCAGAAAUGUGAAUCUCAGUUUCAGUGAAAUUCCCCUUUAAUGAGUAAAUACAACAUGAGGUACUUUUUUUUUUAAAUGUCAGUGAUUUGUGUUGCUGUAAUUUUUUAAUGUUAUAAUUUUCCAUUUAUUGAUUUGUGUUUCUUUGUGUAUGCUGUUCAAAAGCUGCUAUUUAAGAUAUGUGUGUGUGUGUGUGUGUGUGUGUGUGUGUGUGUGUGUGUGUGUGUGUGUGUGUGUGUGUGUGGUGUGUGU